GGACUGACGAGAAUUCUCCUCACCAAAGUUCCCUUCUUCAAAGAGAUCAUUGUCAGUUCAUUCUCGUGUGACUCGUGUAGUUGGACCAACACGGAGAUCCAGUCUGCUGGUCAGAUCCAGGAGCAAGGUGUCCGAUAUUCGCUCAGUGUUCAAAGCAGGAGGGAUAUCAACCGGGAAGUGGUGAAAACAGAUUAUGCAACAACCCGGAUCCCUGAGAUUGAUUUUGAGAUCCCAGCUUGUACCCAGAAAGGAGCCCUUACGACAAUUGAAGGAAUCUUAGAAAGGACAAUUGUGGGUUUGCAGCAGGAGCAGCCUCAUCGCAGGGAUGAACACGCUGAAGUUGCAAACAAGAUUGAUGCGUUCAUUGCAAAACUCCAGAGCCUAAAGGAUGGGGAGACGCCCUUCACAUUUCUUUUAGAUGACCCCUCUGGGAACAGUUUUGUGGAAAAUCCAUUUGCUCCCCAGAAGGAUGAGAACCUCACAGUAACACAUUACAGGAGAAGCAAAGAACAGGACUCCUUACUAGGAAUUGAGGGCAUAAAUGACCCGCAGAAUUCUGAGGAGAAAACUGAUGGUAAUGAUGAAGACCUCCGUGAUGAGGUGCUUCAGUUCCAAACCAACUGCCCGGAAUGUAAUGCUCCUGCAGCCACCAACAUGAAGUUAGUGCAGAUCCCUCAUUUCAAGGAAGUUGUUAUCAUGGCUACAAACUGUGAGGCUUGUGGCCAUCGAACGAACGAGGUCAAAUCAGGAGGUGCUAUUGAAUCUCUUGGCACAAGAAUUACCCUCCAUAUCACUGAUCCAUCUGACCUCACCAGGGAUGUCUUGAAGUCUGAGACCUGUGGUAUCAAUAUCCCAGAGCUAGAAUUCGAGCUAGGAAUGGGAGCUCUAGGAGGAAAAUUCACUACUCUGGAGGGACUCCUAAAAGACAUCAGAGACUUGGUGGUUGACAAGAACCCUUUCACCCUUGGUGACAGCUGUACAUCAAAUAGAAAGGAGAAGCUGCAGGAAUUUGGCAAGAAAAUUGAUCAGAUCCUAGAAGGUCAGAUGAAAGUUCAUUUGAUGCUGGAUGAUUCAGCAGGAAACAGCUACCUUCAGAAUGUCUAUGCACCAGAACAAGAUCCAGAAAUGACAAUAGAGAAGUAUGAACGAUCAUUCGAACAGAAUGAAGAUCUUGGACUCAAUGAUAUGAAAACUGAAGGCUAUGAAGAGGAUGAGAAGAAAAGCAACUAGAAUUCCUCUGCACAAUGUUCAAACUCAGAAAA